AUGGAUCACAGCAUCGUUGAAUCUGGGUGUGACUUUGAUACCUUUGAAGAAGUUCGUGCAACAAUCGAAAGAUAUGCAAUGCAAACAAAUAUUGUUAUAAUACUAGGAAGGAUGACAAAAAAUCCUAAUAAUAAUAGUUAUAUACAGGUGCUUUUUGUAUGUGAAAAGCAAGGAAAAUAUGGUGAAAAAAAUGAUGAAUACACUACUAAGUGUACUGGAUACCCAUUUGCUAUUGGUAUAAACUAUCGUAAGCAUACUAAAAAAUUUGUCAUAACUAAGUCACAUCUUGAGCAUAAUUAUAAUAUUUGCUUAGAUACUACAAAGUUUAGUACUGUUGUUCGAAAACUUGAUAAAGAUGAUCUGGGUUUGGUAGAAAAGCUUUAUGAUAACAGACUUAGAACAAAAGAUAUUUUUUCAGUAUUAAAUUCAGUUAGUUCAAGAUAUAUUCACAAACCUGAUGCGUAUAAUGCAGUAAGCCGUCAACGUAAACGUAAGUUGCAAGGUUUAAGUGAGAUUGAAUUACUUUUUAAAACUUUGCGUGAUGACAAAAGCAUUGUAGGCAAUAUUGCACUAAAGGACGCAUAUAAUAAUGAACGAGAUCAGAAUGGUGAAUUUAUUCAGGCAAUUUUUUGGGCGUACCAUAAUUCAAUUUUAGAAUUUUCAGUAGGAAAAGAUGUUUUAAUUAUCGAUGCUACUUAUAAAACAAAUAGCAUUGAUCGAUUUGGAUCUACAUAUCCAUUAGCAUUCGCACUUGUAUAUUCAGAAACACAAGAGUUUUAUACAUAUAUGUAUGCAACAUGGAUGCCACAUAAAGAAAGUUGGCUUGCACCUUAUACGAAAAGUAAUAUAAAUCUUGACAUAAGGUCAAGUCAACGUGUUGAGAGUUUGCAUAGCAAAUUAAAAGGUGUCGAAAAUCGUAUAACACCAAUUGAUAAGGUAUUUUCAGUUCUUUGGAAACAGAUGACUCCAUAUCGUCAUAUUAUUGCAAUUUAUUUAUUUCAUUUACAUACCUAUGUGCCACCAAAUGAGGUCUAUCAGCGUUGGAAUGUACAUAAUCAUGCAGAAAUAGAACAUGCUACUUCUUCUCAUAUCACACAAAUUUUUGAACAACUUCUAAUAUAUCACUAUAGUGCUUUUUCAAAUUUGAUACAGCAGGCUUCGGAAUAUAUUAUUGAGCAUGGAGAAAUACCAAAACUUUCACAAAAAAACCAAACUAAAACAAAGGCUAUUUUUGAAACAAUCAGUAUUAAAAAUACAGCAAAUUGUGAAAAAAUUCAGAUGCCAGUAAUUAAGUGUUCAUGUAGUCAGCCACCAAAUAAUAAUCAUAUUCGUAGUGCAGAUGAAGACAAAGAAAACAAGAUGUCUUUGAAUAAAACUGUAAUUAAGCAUACAUUAUAUACUAGUUCACAAAUUUCUCAAGAUAUGAUAUUGCAAGUUCAUAAUCCUAUUGGCGAUAGUCAUUGUGGAUUUAGAUCUUUAGCUGUGGCUAUUUUAAAAGAUGAGAAAAGGUGGCAAGAGAUUAAAAUUACUAUGAGAGACUAUUUGGUUGAACGAGAAGAAAUGUAUGGUAAUAUACUUGGAUAUAAUUUUAAACAACUUAUGGAUAUUUUAUCAUAUAUAAAACCAGAAUGUUCACAGGAUUACUGGUUUUAUACACCAGAAU